GCGGAAAUCUUUGUGCAGUCAGAAAAACGCGCCAAAGAGGAUCGUGUGACUGAUUGAACACAACAUAAUACAAGAGAAUGGCAUCAACAACUAAAACACAACUUCAGGCAAGAAAUUUGCCAUGGGUUGAGAAGUACAGACCACAGACAUUAGAUGAUCUCAUCUCUCACCAAGACAUCCUGAGCACAAUCCAGAAGUUCAUUAAUGAAGACAGGUUGCCUCAUAUGCUCUUCUAUGGGCCUCCAGGAACAGGGAAGACCUCGACUAUACUAGCAUGUGCUAAACAGCUCUACAAAGAUAAAGAGUUCAACUCCAUGGUCCUGGAGUUGAACGCUUCAGAUGACCGUGGUAUAGACGUGGUGAGGGGACCCAUCCUCAGCUUUGCCAGUACACGAACCAUCUUCAAGAAGGGCUUUAAGUUGGUAAUCCUGGAUGAGGCGGACGCUAUGACCCAGGAUGCUCAAAAUGCUUUAAGGAGAGUCAUUGAGAAGUUCACAGAAAACACCCGAUUCUGUCUGAUCUGUAACUACCUCUCUAAGAUUAUUCCUGCGCUGCAGUCCCGAUGCACGCGGUUUCGUUUUGGGCCUCUCUCUCAGAGCCAGAUGAUUCCCAGACUAGAGCAUGUCAUACAGCAGGAGAGCAUUGACAUCACUCCAGAUGGCAUGAGGGCCAUUGUGACCCUCUCAAUGGGAGACAUGAGACGAUCACUAAACAUUUUACAGAGCACCCAUAUGGCCUAUGGGAAGGUGUCAGAGGAGACCGUCUACACCUGUACUGGACAUCCUCUCAGAUCAGACAUAGCCAACAUAUUGGACUGGGCUCUCAAUAAAGACUUCACCACUGCAUAUAACCAAAUUCUGCAGCUCAAAACUCUGAAAGGUCUGGCACUUCAUGAUAUUUUAACAGAAGUCCAUCUUCUCGUACACCGCGUGGACUUUCCACCCUCCAUACGUAUGGGCUUGCUUAUAAAACUUGCAGAUAUUGAGUAUCGUCUGUCCUCUGGAACCAAUGAGAAGAUCCAGCUGAGCUCAAUGGUCGCUGCUUUUCAGGCAGUUAGAGACAUAGUAGUCAGUGAUGGGUAGACCAGUAGUUGCCACAUUUAAAGGUGUCCCAUGGAUCAAUGAUGUCGUGAGAGGAGGAAGUUCUUUAUUGAUCAGUGUUGACAAUGGUUUUGAGAAAAAAAAACUAAAACACAUCUAUGCUCCAAAACCUGUCGUUUUUGAAUGUUUAUUUUUUAUGUUUUAAAUAAAGUUUUGCCCAGUGCUUCGUAAAAAAGAAAAU